UGUUUCUGUACCUGGCGCAUCAGGCGACGCACGGCGGCGUCGGCCCAGAACCGAUUGAAGCUCCCAGAGAGAACGUGGCCAAGUUUCCGUACAUCGACGAUGACGUCAGGAGGGUUUACGCAGGAAUGACGGAUGCUCUGGACCAGUCCGUCGGUAUCGUCCUGGAAGCGUUGGAAGAGGCGUCCAUGCUGCGCGACACCAUCAUUGUUUUCAGCAGCGACAACGGCGGUGCUCCGACAGGCCCCGUAUCCAACGGGGGCAUGAAUUGGCCUCUGCGUGGGGGCAAGGGCACCCUCUGGGAGGGCGCAAUCCGUGCGGCCGGUUUCCUCUGGACUCCCCAACUUCUGACGCACAGCAGGGUGUCCCACCAGCUGAUGCACGUCACCGACUGGCUUCCCACGCUCUAUUCUGCAGCUGGUGGUGACGUGGAGCGUCUGACACCAGCGGAUGGCUUCGACAUGUGGCGGGCGCUCACCGAGGGCGAGGAGUCGCCGCGAUCGGAGAUCCUGAUCAACAUCGACCGGAGCUCGGGCGAAGCGGCGCUGCGCUACCGGAACUGGAAGCUAGUCCUGGGAGACUUCGGCGACAUGGACCAGCACUUCGAGAUACCAGGAGGGAGCCGCCCCUACGGAGACCUGGACGACCUCAUGCGCAAUUCCAGCGCGGCAGGCGUUCUCCGACGCCUGUACGGGAAGGAGGACAUCUUCGAGCACGCCAGCCAGUGGAGGCGGGAAGCAACGAUCACGUGCGCAGACGACGCCGCCGGUAACUUCGCGGCUGGCGACAAACGCUACCUGUUCGACAUCGAAGAAGAUCCUUGCGAGGUGCACAACUUGGCUGAAGAACAACCAGAAGUCCAGAAGACUUCUGGUUCUACCAUCUAG